AUGUGGCCUGAUGACCUACCGUUGUCAUAUGGUCUGGACGACAGAAAUUGGUCAGUCGUUAUGUGGUCUGACGACAAAAAAUUAGCCACCGUUAUCAUAUGCUACCCUUCUAAUGAUAUGUUUUCAGAUAUAUUCUGGGUAUGCAUUCAGGGAUUAGUCACGGACGAUGAUAUGCUUUCAGGUAGAUAA